GUAUCCACACACAGCUGAUCCUGGACACAGUAUGGCGGGGAAAGCGGCUGCUCCGGGCACCGGGAUCCUGCUGGUGACAGCCAACGUGGGGACCCUGUUUGAUGAUACAGAAAAUUUACAGAAGAAUUGGCUGCGAGAAUUUUAUCAGACUGUGCAUGCGCAGAAGCCACAGUUUUUAUCAUUGCACUGUCAGGAAGUUGGAGGGAAGAAUUAUGAAGCGUCUAUGUCUCAUGUGGACAAAUUGGUCAAAGAUCUGCUUUCAAGCGAUGCUAUGAAAGAAUACAACCGAGCUCGAGUUUACCUGGAUGAGAAUUACAAGUCACAGGAAAACUUCACGGCACUGGGAAGCUUUUACUUUCUUCAUGAGUCAUUAAAGAACGUAUAUCAGUACGACUUUAAAGCAAAAAAGUACAGAAAAGUUACAGGGAAAGAGAUCUACUCAGACACAUUAGAAAGCACCCCAAUGCUGGAGAAAGAGAAAUUUCCGCAAGAGUUCUUCCCGGAGAGCAAAUCAUCUAGAAAAGGCUUUAUUCGAACGCGGUGGUGUAUUACAGACUGUGCCUUUGAUUUGGUGAACAUUCAUCUUUUUCAUGAUGCUUCCAAUUUAAUUGCUUGGGAAUCUAGCCCAUCCACCUACUCAGGAAUACGGCAAAAGGCUCUAAGUUAUGUUUUAAAUAGUAUUACUGAUCAUCGAUUUGAAAAAGUUCCUUACUUUGUCUUUGGAGAUUUUAACUUUCGACUGGAUUUAAAGUCGGUAGUAGAGAUGCUUUGCACGAAAACUACAAUGCAAACUGUUCACUCAUCUGACAACAGCAUGGUUGACAAGUUGAUAUUCCGUGAAUCUGAGAAUGAUCGUAAGGUAGUGCUUCAAAUAGAAAAGAAAUUAUUUGAAUAUUUUAAUCAAGAAGUCUUUAGAGAUAACAUCCCUCUUGGGCAUGGACUUUUAGAGUUUGAUAAAGAGUUAUCAGUCUUCAAAGACCGACUGUAUGAACUGGACAUCACAUUUUCUCCCAGUUAUCCAUACAGUGAAGACAGCAGUCAGGGGAAGCAAUACAUGAAUACACGAUGUCCAGCAUGGUGCGAUCGAAUUCUAAUGUCACACUCUGCUAAAGAACUUCUUUUAAAGUCUGAAAAUGAUGAAAGAAUAGUGAUGUAUGACAGCAUUGGGCCAAAUAUCUGUAUGGGGGACCACAAGCCUGUCUUCCUGUCCUUCCGAUUAGCUGCUGGGGCAGGUAAAGCUAAUGCACAUGUGCACAAGUGUUGUAUCGUGCAGUGAUGUGGUGGGAAAAGAUGCCAGCCAAGUGAAAAGAUCUAUCGAGAGACCACGCUGUGAGGAUGUCCACCUGCAGUAUAUCAAAUGCCUCCAUUUUAGAGCCGCACCGAUAAAUUCUGGUCCUCACAGCCCAUUUUGUACAUUAUGGAUCAUCAAAUAGGCUUCAUCUUCCCAAAAUCUCACAUACCUCACUUUCCUGUACGGUUGUAGAGCAUCCAGUAGAAACAUGGAUACUUGUAUAUAUUUUUUACAUCACUGUUGUGUUGCCAAAACGCUAGCAGACCAUAUAUAUCAUAAAAUGUUCCAGUUUUGUCUUACAAAGACAUAGGACACAACUGUAGACACGCUCAUGGGGAGGUUUCCCUGCACAGCAUCUCUGUGGGGGGGGGUUUAUCAGCCUCUGAGAUCAUCCACAGUUCUGCUGUCCACCUCCAGCAUUUCAAGGUUGUCCCCUACACUGUUGGAGGAAGUGUUUUUUUGUUGUUGUUUUUUCCAGCGCUGCCCACUACAAGCUGAUGGAACUCAACCAGGAGCCUCUCAAUAAUCUACUCACUUUUUUUCCUGCAUUUUUUCUUAAAGACUGAAACUCUAAUGCAGUUGUAAAGGCACGAAGCCUGAUGCAACAUGGGGGAAGUUUACUAUUAGCAUUCAAGAUAUUGAUGGUUUUUAAUGUGUUUUUCAUUGUUGACCGAGGCCUGUAUCCCUAACGUUAGGCUAGGUAGGGGGUGUAGCCACUAAAGUGCAAUAAUCAUGAUCAUCUUUCAGUGACCAUUCAGAUCAAUAGUCAUUACUGAACGUCAAUGGCUAGCACACGCUAGAUAGAAAACCCCGGUCCUUACCCCCUCUCCCCCCCAUUUUUAGUGUUUUAAAAGGAUUUACUACACUGCCAUUUAACAUGGUUUGUUUGUGUAUUU